AUGCUUGCGGAAAAGUUAUGCAUGCAGAAAAGAGCUACUUUCUUCACGCAGAUGAGCGUUGAAAGUAAGACAAUCCGCACACUGGUAGAAAAGCAUUUUACGCCUAUGGUUGCGACCGCCCCCAGGCCCCUUUCCCGGAACUAUCUUGGUGGAACUGUCUUCAAGUUGGGGGCUGUAUUUUCUUCUUUGUUCAGUCCAUUCUUCGGUCUUCUGGCCCUACAUGUCUUUUCCCCCAUGUACAUGGGAAUUAGGAGUUCAGGCUCUCUGCGAUGUCUUGCUGCUUUUUUGCUGUCGAGGACGAAUCCUCUGACAUUUGACAGAAUGGAACAUUGA